AUGGACACAGACAAGAUCAAGAUCUACGGCGCACGCGUCAAGGUCGACUCCAUGGCCAAGGUGGCCGAGAUUGAGGCGGCCGAGAAGGGGAAGAUGAAGGAGAAGUGCGAGAAGAUCCUGGGCCACGGCAUCAACUGCUUCGUCAACCGCCAGCUCAUUUACAACUACCCCGAGGAGAUCUUCGCGGAGGCCGGCAUCAUGUCUAUAGAGCACGCCGACUUUGACGGCAUCGAGCGGCUGGCGCUGGUGCUGGGCGGGGAGAUCGCCUCCACCUUUGACAGCCCCUCGGAGGUGGGCGCCCCCUGGCAGGGUGGAGCGGCCAAAAGUCGGGGCUGCCCCAGGGAUGCGCUGCUGUUAACGACGACUACCGCACGACCCUGA